GGCGGCCCCGCUCCGGCCCCGCUCCGCCCCCGCCCGCCGCCGUUGCUCCGUUCGCCGACAUGGCGGUUCCGGUGCUGGUGCUGGUGCUGCUGCCCGCCCUCCUCACCGGGCUCUUCUCGCGUCCCGGCGCCGUCGCCAGCGUCCCGCCUGCCUGCUACAAGUAUGGUGUGCCUGGAUGUCCAAGGGACUACAAUCCAGUUUGUGGGACCGAUGGAAAGACCUACUCAAACGAGUGUGUGCUCUGCCUUUCAAACAGUGAAAAUAAAAAGUAUGUCCAAAUUUUCAAGAUGGGAAGAUGCUGAUAUGGCAGAUGGCCACUUUUCAGGAAAAUGAGAAGGACACAGACAUUCCAAAUGGAAACAAUGCCUUAAAGGUGCCUUCUAUGUAGCCUGUCUUAAUAAAUAAAUAUGCCUGUUUAAACAAA